GGUGAGAAUCUCCUUCCUUGGGUUUGUGAUCCAUUAUUAUUUUUCAAUUUAUCAUUGAUGGAGCUCAACAAUUGUGAGAAAUGAGGCAAUAAAAGCUGUAGGUUUUGAGUUUUAUGGGAGACAAGAUUGUUUUCCAUCACUAGAGGAGUUGAUGUUUGAAAACAUGUUAAAUUGGAAGGAAUGGACUUCUCCAACUAGAAGUGAAGGUGAAUUCCCUUGUCUUUGUAGGCUUGUGAUUCAAAAUUGUCCUAAGUUGUUAGGCCAAUUCCCCAGCAACCUUUCUUCACUUAAAGAAUUGGAUGUUAGAUUGGGCAAUGCAAUGCUUUUGAAGAGCAUGGUUGAUCUCACUUCCCUCACUAACUUGACAAUUGAGGAAAUUUUAAAACUGACUUGCUUGCCUACGAGUAUGAGUCUUCCAUCAUUGAAAGAGUUGCAUAUUGUAGACUGCAACGGGGUGCUUUUGAAGAGUAUGGUUGACCUCACUUCCCUCACCAACUUGAGAAUUGAGAAAAUUUCAGAAUUGACUUGCUUGCCUAAGAGUUUUACACAAUCCUUGACAGCACUUGAGACUCUAGAUAUUGUAAAUUGCAAUGAUCUUACUUGUUUAUGGGAGGAAAGGACAAAAAUAGAACAAAGCCUCUUGCCUUUCAAUCUUAAACAUCUUAGCAUUGUGGGAUGUGGAGCUUUGGAGUCAUUACCUGAUGCAAUGAUGGUGAAGAUGGAUGGAAGCAGUAGCAGCAACACUAGUAUGUUGAUGUCGAGACUGGAAGAGUUGGAAAUUGGGGGUUGUGAUUCUCUCAAGUCUUUUCCAAGAGGCAAAUUACCCAUCACACUCAAAUACUUGAGUAUAAAAGACUGCAAAGGUCUGGGGUCUCUACCGGAUGCUGAUCGUGAUGUUAAUAAUAGCAAUCUAGAUUUGGAGAUAGCGAAUGUUCCAUGUUUGUAUUCUUUUGAGGGUUGUCACCAACUAUCGGCUUUUCUCAAGGACUUUAAAGUUCAUGGCUGCGAGUGGUUGGAAUCAUUUCCAGAGAGGGUGCUGCAAUAUUGUACGAAACUCGGACGCAUUUAUAUUAGAGAUUGUAAAAUAUUGAAAAGUUUACCCACCAUUAAUUGCAUCAGCAAUCUCCUUUAUUUAAAAAUUUACAGCUAUGACGUUUUAGAGUCCUUACCAAACGACUUGGGGUUAUGCACUCCCAAUCUUAAGCAGCUAACGAUAUACGGCUAUAAGAAUUUGAAAUCCCUCCCAAAUACAAUAUACCAGUUGAAAUCUCUUGAAUUUCUAUGGAUGACAGGCUGCCUCAGCAUCGAGUUCAUUCCAGAUGAUAGUUGGCCCCCAAACUUAACAUAUCUUUAUUUAGGAGGGUGUGAGAAUCUUAAGUGUGUGCCGAAUACAAUGUACCAGCUCACUUCACUUCACAGACUAGAAUUCCCAGGUGGGGCUUUGACAAUGGGCCUUCAAAACCUUACGUCUCUUCAAGUGUUAGAAAUUAAGCAGAAAUUCCCUCUGGAUAUUGUGCUGCCUUCUUCUUUAACCUCUCUGAAGAUCUGGGAUGAAAAUUUGAAAUCCAUACCUGAGGGGCUCUUUGAAAACCUAAGCUCCCUUGAAGAGUUAUGGAUAAUUGACUGCCCGAAGCUACGAUCUUUGCCGAAGGAAGCCUUCCAUCCCUCACUUGGAGAACUAUACAUCAGGGGGUGUCCGCUUCUAAAACGACAGCGCUUUUAGUUCAGCAAUUCACUUAUCCAUCCUUCCUUUCUAUGUUGCAAUUGAUGCUUUUUGUCUUCUUCAAACUCUAAAUGAAUUAUUUUCUCAAAUUUCAGUCUAGCCUUUGAUUUUCCUAAUUUCUCAUCCUUUUUUUCAUGUUCCUAGUUGCUUGUGCAGAGAAGAUAGCAAAAUCUUGUUAGGCCUAUGUAGGACCCCUUGGUUUUGUGACUCCCUUUUUCCUUUUGUGUGCCAGAAGUUAUGAGCAUACUUUAAGUUGUAGGGUACUGCUUUUACCCCAUUUAAUAAUUUCAUUUGCUGAUU